CUGUCCCAUUGCAGAUAUCCAAAGCUGAAGAGAGAAAAUGCCCAGAACUUUCUCCAAAACCAUUCACCAUUACUUCUCAAAGCUCAAAAGACAAACUACUUCAGAAGAUCAUCAUCAUCAUCAAAACCCUACCAAAGCAGCAACAACAACACCUAACCAAACCCAAGAUGAGCAAAUCUUGAUUAAAAAAAACAGUUAUCCCAAUAAACCUUCGUUCUAUGAUAUUCUCUCCACACCAAAAUCUCUCACUCCCACACCCACAACAUCAACUCAUGAUUUCUCUUCUUCAGAUCAUUCUGAUACCGAAACAAGUGCAGCAGCGCCAGAUUUCGCAACAGUUUUUAACUCUCGACGUUUCUUCUUUAGUUCACCGGGUCAAUCUAACUCUAUUAUAGACUCUGGUAGAUUCUCUUCUAAUGAGUCUGUUAAGUGUAGUCAACCAGAAUCCGGCUCAUUGAUAAUCAGCAGAGGUAUUCCAAUUCAAACAUACUCUCCAGAUCCUUACAUGGAUUUCAGAAGAUCCAUGCAAGAAAUGGUUGAAGCUACAGUGUUUUCAGAUGUUAGAGCUGAUUGGAAUUACUUGCAUGAGUUACUGCUAUGUUAUCUUGCUUUGAAUCCAAAGCAUACUCAUAAGUUCAUUAUGGAUGCUUUUGCAGAUCUUCUUGUUUGUCUUAUGACAUCAUCAACUGCUCCUUCUACUCCGACCAGUAACAUAAGAUUUCACGGUGUUCGUCGUUUAUUAUAAAUGUCAAUCAGUAGCAGAGAGUUUUACUGGACUUGUCUGUUAUGUUCUUACAGUUAUAAUUUUUGUACGUAGCAGCACUUGAAAACAAAAGAAGUAAAAAGUUGA